UUACGCCUGUUUUCAACACAUUCAGAGCAAAAUUCGCAAAAGAUACUGGAAAAGGACUUGGCUGUUUAAGAGGUGUGCUCAGUAAAAGUCGAUUUUCUCAGCGAAGAAAAAAAAUUUCAAAAAUGUGCACGUAGGAUUAAUCUGGAAAGUAAUAGUUAGUCCAUAUUUAAAUCUAUAAGUAGCCUAGAUUGGAGAACUUGGAAAGAGUAGUUAUUUUCCAAAGAAUUUUUCAGUUUGACAGUUGAGGUCCUCAACACGAGUGACAUGUUUGAGCACAAGUCCGGUAUACGAUAGUUAAAAUAAAGCAAUACUCUUGCCCAGUAGCUGAUGCUUAACGAACUGAAUGAAUGUCAGAGAUGAUGAGUGUGGGUUUGAUCUGUUUUAAUUUUAGGAAGAUGUCAUUGUGGUUUGUUCGACAUCUCAAAGCUUACGAACUGCGGUCCUUAAGUCUGCUGGGGUAGAAUCGCUAGACGAAUUUAAAGAAUUAUAUCAACAAGAUAGAAUAAGAUUAGGCUCAACAUCAGCAGGUUCAUUAGCCUGUAAUAUUGUUUAUACCUUGGCUACCCCAGUCAGAUCCCCAUCGGCUGAGACAAUCGAUAGCUAUGUUCGUACAUGAAGCAAUUAAUUUUACUGUUAGUAAUAAUUUCAAGAGUAUUGGUGAGCGAAAUGCUUUUACCUUGAAUAUCGAGCAUUUAUAAUUCGUUUUUAGCCUUAACUACCAUUGGCUGUGGUAAGUAUGGCAUUUCAGCCAGAAUAACUGCUGAAACAAUGCUUAAUGAAGCGGAAGAACAAUUAAGCAGACGUCGGACACAAUUAAUCGUAUCAUUCGUUGUUUUACCAGAGCAACAAAAUGUUCAUGAUGAAUUUUGCAAACAUCUAAAUUUAAUUAAAACAAAAGUUGUUCAACUUUCUAAUAUUUUGCCGAAACAGACUGCGCUUCUAUCAGAAAAUAUGGACAUUGCUCAACAAAUGAUCAAAAUUACACUGACUACGUCUAACGAAGUCAACAUCGAGAAAUGUCGAUAUGCCAUUGAAGAAAUGAAUAAACAGAAUAUACAAAAGUCAAUAUUGACUGAUAAACAUGAAGAAUUAAAAGAAUGGUCUCAAUCAACAAUUAACAAGUAUUAUAGAUAUUGUAUAGAUCUAAAAGUCUUAUCCAAUUGUUGGUUACAGAUUAAUUUGACCGAUGAAAACUCAAUAAAACUUUGUAUUUAUUUUGAUAAAAUGCAUGUAAUAUAUCCAUGGAAUGCUAUUCGAUCAAUACGACGGAAAAAUGUUAAUGAAACUCUACCAGAUAAUUGGGAAGUAUCUACUACAAGUCUUAUUCAACUAAACCCAUUAGUAGCUGAAUAUUUGCAAGUUUUGAACCAUUUUGAUCAUACCAUGAUAAAUCAUUAUUCCCAGAUUAUUAAAAUUGAACGAAUUCAAAAUGAGCGUUGGUACAAAAAAUACGCAGCUCAUCGAGAGGAUUUCUAUCAACGAUAUAGAAAGCAUCAUACAAACUUAGAAAAACUGUUAUUUCAUGGUUGUUUGGAAACAUCUGCUUUACAGAUAAUUCAAGAUGGCUUUGACAGAUCACAUGCUGGUGUUAAUGAUGUUGUGUACGGAUGGGGCGUUUAUUUUGCUGAUAGCGCUCGUUAUUCACAUCGGUAUGCUAGACCAAAUGAUCAAAAUGAAAGACAUUUGUUUUUGGCACGUAUUCUUGUUGGUAAGUCAACUACUGGAAAUCAAAGUAUGAAGUUACUACCAAUGGGAUAUGAUACAACAACAAAUAGUGAUAAAUCAAUAUUUGUCGUUUAUCAUGAUGCGCAGUCGUAUGCCGAUUACCUCAUCACAUACAAAUAA